UGUUAAAGGAAAGCAACGCGGUGCCAAAAUGUCUUCUAGUCGCCCGAACACUACCAAAGGCUACGACCAGAAACAACUUGAGCAAGAUGAGAUAAGGAAGAAGCUAGAGGAGAAACGGGCCAUGUUAGAGGAGACAAAAGUUGAAUCGAAACUAAAUGCCGUUUCAAGUUCAUCAAGUAAGCAUCUUCAAACGAUAAAAGAGAGUAUAAUUGAUGCAUUGGGAGAUACACAAUCACAGUUACAUGUGAAAUAUAUUCAUGAUAUAAAGAAGGAGGCAGAUACGAAUAUAGAAGGCAUAAAGGAAAUGCGACAAAAACAGAUUGGACAUUAUGAAGUAAAGAUGGAACGGGAACGGAAAUUAUUAAAAGACAAAACAACAAAAUUGUCAUCAUGUGUAUCAGACACAGAUGAAAUCAGAAAAAUAGUGUCAGAGAAGAUAAGCUAUCUUAAUAGUAAGAUUCAGGAUGCAAUAAAGGAUAUUAAAUUAUCCAUUAUCUAUGUCGGUAAAUGGGAACGUGUCAAAUCAAUCAACAUGCAAUCGGUUGUUAUUUACCCGUGUGUGCGUGGUUUAGUCAGUGAUGAUGAGAUAUGUGCGCAAGACGGAGAUAGCAAUGACAUGUAUGUUACAAACAUCAACACUCAACAUACAGAGAAAGUCAUUGACGGAGGUGCACUGAUUACAUCAUGUGCGCCGAUAGAAAGUAACGUAAUAGUAUGUGGUAAGGAGAGAGAUGAUUGCGCGGGUGACAGGUUGGAUGGAUGCAUCACUCUCUAUGACAGACAAUGGAAGGUGAUUAGAGACAUCAGCAUACCAAUGAGUGGAGUCGCAAGAUACUGUAGUGUGUGUGUUGAUGUUGACAGGGAUGGGAUGAUCAUCGCUGGUCAGUUAGCUCAGUCUAAUAUCUACGUCAUCAAUCCUGCUACAGAUAAGAUAAUAAACACUAUUACGAUGCAGAGUAUGGCGGUGUGGGGUGAGAUACAAGCCUUGUCAUCAGGUGAUAUAGUUGUGAAGACAGGUAUUGAAUACACUGUCAUCUCACGAUCAGGAGAAAAGAAGACUGUCAUAAACUGUGAUGAGUCAAAGUGGGGUCUGUCAGUGUGUCGCGUUGACAAACUGACAGACACACUCUACAUCACGUAUUGGGAUAGAGCGCGUAAUACCCAUGAUACCAUCGCAGUUGAUCAGGUCUCACGUGAUGGUAUCAUCCAGGCAAGGAGGAUCGUGGAAUACGUGAAAUCAGAUCGCACUGACUGGUUCAGCCCUUGUCUUGUUACUCCUUCUGGAAACCUUGUAGGAUGUGAUGGAUACAACCUUCAUCUUUACAGGAAGGCAUUCAUCCUGUAAAUCAUCAAGCAUUUCAAUGGAUGAUUAA